AUGUCGAGCGUGAGUUCUCCGGAAGACAGUGAAAACCCAGCUGGUACUCUGCGAUGGAUCGACGAGUCUCAAGUCCCUCACAAUGAAAAUGGCGAUGGCUCCGAGUGCAGCUCUGAGUCUGACAACGGAGCUGCAUCGCCCUGCGACUCGGACGACGGUUCGGAGGAUGGAGGUAAUCUGGAUGAAGAGGAAGAGUCCUGCAGCGACUUUGAUGACGACGAAGAGAGCUAUAGUGACGAAGAGGUCCGGCAAGUACACCACGACCGACCGACCAUCCGGGAGGGCGGAACAGCUCAGAAGAAGCCUUUGAAGCAGCCUCCCGCCGAACCCGUUGGACCGUCGUAUCAGCCCGACAACGAAAUAGUCCGACCCGCCAUCUCCCUCAGUCUCUUUGCCGAUGGAGAGAAUGUACUGUACUUUCCCAAAGCCGACGAGACGGUCUCUCCCCUGCCGGGCAGCAUCAAGGAAAUCAUGAAGUGGAAGAUAUCCAAGUACACGCCGCGGGUGGUUCGAAACAUUCUGCGGCAUACUGGCUUCAAGCUUGUUCGAGGAGGCAAAACCUGGGUUGGCUACUGGGGCAAACACAUUUCUGCGGACAAGUUUCAUUUGGUCCAGCCUUGGCAAAAGGUGAACCACUUUCCGAUGACUUUUGAGAUCGGUCGCAAGGACAAGCUUUACGCCAACCUCACCCGGCUGAAACAGCGAUACGGCGCCUUGGAUUUUGAUUUUCUGCCAGAGACAUUCAUCUUACCCCAGCAGCGGCGCAAGCUAAAACGUGUGUUUGACCACCACCCCGUGUGGAUCAUCAAGCCCCCAGCAUCUGCACGAGGAAACGGAAUCCGUUUGGUCAACAAGUGGUCCGACGUUCCAAAGAAGAAGGAGUUGGUGGUGUCGAGGUAUAUACGCGAGCCAUUCUUGAUCGACAAGAAAAAGUUUGACUUGCGCAUCUAUGUCCUGAUCACCAGCUUCGAGCCGCUUCGGCUAUACAUCUACCGCGAGGGCAUUGUCCGCUUUGCAAGCGAGCCCGUCAACAAGAAAAAUAAGUCUCAGAAGGGAACUACCGCGGAAGCGCAGCCCCAUCCGCUAGCGGGCGAUCCAAAGUUCAGCACUGCCACAAACAAGUGGAGCCUGGAGCUGCUCAAAGAAUACUUUACAAAGAUCGGGAUCAACUACAGCCUUGUUUUUGCCUCCAUCAAAGAUCUAGUUGUGAAGACGGUUAUCAGUGCAUAUUCGGCAAACGCAAGCGGUGUCCGGCUCUAUGUACCCAACCGUGCGUACGAGCUCCUGGGGUUCGAUGUUCUUCUCGACAUGAACUUGAGGCCGUGGUUGAUGGAAGUCAACAUCUCGCCAUCUCUCAAGGCCUCGUGUCCCCUGGACGAAGAUAUCAAAUCCAGACUCGUCCAAGAUCUGUUCAACCUCGUUGGAUUCCGGCUCAAGGACCUGGAAAUGUGCCGAGAUUCCCAGAAUGGUAACAAAAGGGCCUCGCAGUGGCGUAAGCCAAACUUGACGACACAGGAGCGCUUGAAGCACAAGUACCAUACAGCAAUGGACAAGGCCAACUGCCUGGCGACCCUUACCGAGGACGACUUUCGGAUCUUGCGAGAGACUGAGAACGAGUUUUAUCGCAGCGGCAGCUUCGAGCGCCUGUUUCCGUCGUCAGAAUCACAGAAGUAUCACCAAUACCUGCACUCGCUGCACUACUACGACCGCCUGCUCCACCAAUGGAUCACGAGCUCGCAGCUCGAUCCAGCCACAAACUUGAUGAUCCUUCGCAAGCUGCCGCUGCCGCCGCUCUCGUAUCCAUCUGUCAAAGACCAACUUCUGGAGGUCGACAUGGCUGGCAUGAUGCAACGUGCUCUCCGCACCAAGAAGCAAACCACUUCCUCGCGUGUCCCCGUCGAAAGCCCUGUGAAGAUGACAAAGUUCUCACCGCCGCUGCCGGUCCGCGGUCCCAAGGCGGUUGGCAUUGGCUCCAAAGCAAGCCUCAGCCAGCAGUCUUCGUUCUCGAGCUUGAGCACGUCUUCGUCUUCAACAUUGCUCAACUCGUCGAUCUCGAGCCUUUCGGCAUCAUCGGCGACCUCGCUCAGCUCAACUCCCCUCUCGAGCAGCCAGUAUUUGAGGGGCGUACUGAAGAAAACACGAGCCCAGUCCAAGUUGCGAGCCAGCCAAUCGAUGCUCAGGGAAAGCACCGAACCCGCCAAGCGCAUCAGUCAGAACAAGUAUCAGACAAAGGCAGCCGACUCCGUGCCCCAGGAUAUCUCGAUGAGGAGCGACGAUCACGAUGACUGCGAUGGCCGAGAUGGGCACAAUCCCCAUUAUAACCAUUAUGACGGCAACUAUUCGUCGCUGUGUACGUACGAGAGUGGCCUCAGCCUCGAGGAGCUGAUACUUGCCGCACACCAAGCGCCGGAUCCCUCCGAGCCCGAAAUUGCACUUUCGGACAUGGUUUCGCUGAGCCUGCGAGACUGUCUCAGCGAAUCAACACGGGACGACUCUCCAGCCGAGCCAGCAGCACUCCGGGAUGCUUCGCUGAGUCUCGAUGACCUGUCAUGCUCCAAGCCCAUGUUGUCGGUGCCGAGUCGACUGGCUCCAAACGGCAACUUGCUCAAGGCCAGGGAGGCGAGCCAAGCUCGCACCGACAUUGAGUCGAUCCCGACCACCGAUCCGUACACCAAAUCAUCGCACCUCGACCUCUUUGUGGCUCCGAGCGUUCUUCGUAUUGCCAGCAGCACCAAGGUGCAGCACAGUCUUGCGACAGCGACAAGCUUUCCUGCCUGGUCGGCGGGCAGGAUGGUCGUUGGUCGGUCCGUCAAUCCGCAUCCCCUGAGACCCGAAGCACCACCACCGCCUCCACCGUCGAUGCUGAGCGGGACUCGGCAGUUUCGCCGGAUUGGCGCCAAGGAGAAACUGAGCGGGGCUCGUCGGUCGAAGAGAGACCGAAGCUCGAUCGUGGACAUUCCAAGCUUUCCGUCAACUCUGCAGUUUGAAUAG